GCUUCAAGUUUUCUUCUCCUCUGCUCCACUGCUCUUUUUCUCCUUCCUGCGGUUUAGAUCUCUGCAUUUCUCGCAAAUUACUGUACCUGUUCUUUCUUUGAUCUGAUCACUGGCUACAUAUCUUCGAUUCUGCUUGCUUGGUCACUGAGAAACCUCCCAGAAAAGAAAAGAAACUCAAAAUUUUGAAUUUUUUUUAAUAGAUUUGGAGGACUAUGAGAAACUGAAAUCUUAGCUCAACCGCGAGUGAUAGUGAAUAGAGGUAUUAUUAUUAUUUUUUAAAUUUUGGGAGCCAGAAUUUUCUGUUCUUCUCCUCCGUUUCCUGCCGAAAGGGUUUUGUGGCUGUGGAGAUGUUGGGGACUAGUUUGCAGCUUCGGCGGGUUCAUGGUGAGGAUCGGUUCUACAUUCCCGGGAAAACGAGGAAGAAUCUGAUUCAACAAAGGCAACAGCUUCAGAAAGCUAAGAGUGAUGUGACUGAGAAAACCGCUUCAUCUGCAAAGAGCAAAACUGCGAUUUCUGAGAAUAGAAACCCUGAGGCAUCCUCAUGUUCGAUUGCUAAGCCUUCUUCCGAGCCGUCCACAGCUCCUUCUAACCUUGAUCGGUUCUUGGAAUCAACGACUCCUUCGGUGCCGGCGCAGCACUUCUCUAAGACUACAUUGAGGACUUGUGACAUUGAGUUUCAACAUUACUUCACAUUGGGUGAUUUGUGGGAAUCUUUUAUGGAAUGGAGUGCGUAUGGGGCAGGAGUGCCUUUGGUAUUGGAUGGGAGUGAUCCUGUUGUUCAAUACUAUGUCCCAUAUUUAUCAGGCAUACAAUUAUAUGUUGAAUCUACAACUUCGAAUGCUAAAUCAAGGCAAGCUGGCGAGGACAGUGACAGUGACUAUUACAGGGACUCAAGUAGUGAUGGAAGUAAUGAUUACGAAUUUGAAAAAGGGAUGAAGUUUUCUAGGGAGCAGCAGGCUUGUCACUGUCCAGCAAGUGAUGUCCCUAUUCAAAUGGGCAGGUUGUCUUUAAGGGAAAAACACAAUACAGUUCAAGAAGGCUUUUCUAGUGAUGAUAGUGAGGCUAGCAAUUCUCAUGGUCACCUGAUUUUUGAGUAUCUUGAGCACAAUCCUCCUUAUGGUCGAGAACCGUUCGCCGACAAGAUACUAGAUCUCGCACGUGAGUAUCCUGAGCUGAAAACACUAAGAAGUUGUGACCUGCUGCCUGUCAGUUGGAUGUCUGUGGCAUGGUAUCCCAUAUACCGAAUACCCAUGGGACAGACAUUAAGGGAUUUGGAUGCUUGCUUUCUAACUUACCAUUCUCUUUCUACACCCAUGAAAGAUGGUGGAAGCACACAAGCUGCAGUAGAGGUCUAUCCCAGUGAGAUGGAGGGUGUCCCAAAGAUUUCAUUACCUGUUUUUGGCAUGGCUUCCUAUAAGUUCAAGGGUUCCAUAUGGAUGCAAAAUGGGACAUGUGAGCAUCAACUGGUGAAUUCUCUCGUGCAGGAUGCAGGUAACCGGUUAAGACUGCUGGAGGUCAAUCACCCAGAUUUCCAGUUCUUUGUUUCACAUGGUAUGUACCGCAGGUGAAUUCGAGAGAUUAUUCACCCUCCAAAUGGUCCUCUUGUCCAUGCUGCAAACAUGGCCUGAAAGAACGACAUUUCUUGCAUGUUCAAGCUGAGGUUAAAAAUGUCUUUGUUAUGGAGAUUAUAGUGGCAUGCUGUGCAAGGGAGCUUUAUCUGAUUUGGAUUUCCUGUUACUUGACAAAGAAAAAGAAAAAAAGAGAAAGAAGGAAAAAGGCAAAAACCACAUGAUUAAAAAAAGGGAACAAAAGAGAAAAAGAUAAAGCUUCCAUGGAAUAGGACGAAGCAGAAUAAGGCCGAAGACGAGUGGCAAAAACAAAAAAUAAAGGCAAAUACAAUAUGAACAUGGAGAUUUAUAUAUAUGAGAUUAAGCUAAAUUGUCCUGAUAGAUGGUUCUGGGUACUGCUAGCGGGCAUAAGUUCCUUUUGGUUGCAAGAUUUCUUUUAUAUAUAUUUAUGUCCUGAUAAAGAGAAUAUUUGGUACUUCUAUAUGUUUCUGUCGGGAUUUUGAUUUGAAUGAUGUAUAAUAGGGCUUUAAAUAGAGCCUCCCCUCUGGGACACUAACUCAUGUGUUGUUUGAUUAGUAGGAAAAGCAAAAAGAAGUGUUUAAAUUAUAUAACUGUUUCAAAUAGUUCUUCAAUUGCAUCAA